UAAACAGCUUCACUUAUAUUUGCAGCAGUGAGUAGCUGCUAUCGAACUGCUCGUUGCUGGUCAAAACGAACCCAAUUGGGCAAUGGUUUUCGAAUCAAGAAUUUGCCGCCUUUCUAGUCACCUACAAUUCACACUUUCUUCUCCGAUUUUCAAGUUUCAAAAUAGCCUCUUUUCGACCUCCAUAUCUAACUAUAUUUCCUACACAAACCUCCUUUCAAACCUUUCCAAAACUAAGUCUUUAACCCCAGGUCUUCAAAUCCAUGCUCAUUUAACCAAACUUGGGUUAUCUAAUCAUAGUAAAUAUAGGAACCAUUUAGUUAAUUUGUAUUCAAAAUGUGGUAUAUUUCAAUAUGCACAGAAACUGAUUGAUGAAAGUCCUGAACCAGAUUUGGUUUCUUGGUCAUCUUUGAUUUCUGGGUAUUCCCAGAAUGGUUUUGGUAAAGAUGCUAUAUGGGGUUUUUUAAAAAUGCAUUCUUUGGGUCUUAGAUGUAAUGAGUUUACUUUUCCUAGUGUUCUUAAGGCAUGUUCUUCUGAGAAGGAGCUUUUUCUUGGUAAGCAGCUUCAUGGGGUUGUUGUGGUUACAGGAUUCGAUUCUGAUGUUUUCGUUGCGAAUACUUUGGUUGUUAUGUACGCGAAAUGUGGCGAGUUUGUGGAUUCUAGGAUGUUGUUUGAGGAAAUCCCGGAAAGAAAUGUUGUUUCUUGGAAUGCCUUGUUUUCUUGUUACACGCAAAAUGAUUUUUUUAGUGAGGCGAUGUGUAUGUUUCAUGAUAUGAUUGGUAGUGGAGUUAGACCAGAUGAAUACAGUUUGUCCAAUAUAUUGAAUGCUUGUACUGGUUUAGGAGAUAUUGUUGAAGGAAAGAAAAUACAUGGGUAUUUGGUGAAGCUUGGCUAUGGUUCUGAUCCGUUUUCUUCUAAUGCACUCGUCGACAUGUAUGCAAAAGGGGGAGAUCUUAAGGAUGCCAUUACAGCUUUUGAGGGAAUUGUGGUACCUGACAUUGUUUCAUGGAAUGCUAUUAUUGCUGGUUGUGUUCUUCACGAAUGCCAAGGGCAAGCUAUAGAUAUGUUGAAUCAGAUGAGAAGGUCAGGAAUUUGGCCAAACAUGUUCACAUUAUCGAGUGCUCUCAAGGCUUGUGCUGCACUAGAGCUCCCUGAUUUGGGUAAAGGGUUGCACUCUCUUUUGAUAAAGAAAGAUAUAAUUUUGGAUCCAUUUGUGAGUGUUGGUCUUAUUGAUAUGUAUUGCAAGUGUAAUUUAACAAAAGAUGCGAGGUUGAUCUAUGAUCUGAUGCCCGGGAAGGACUUAAUUGCAUUGAAUGCUAUGAUCUCUGGUUAUUCACAGAAUGAGGCAGAUGAUGCAUGCCUAGACCUUUUCACUCAGACAUUCACCCAAGGAAUUGGAUUUGAUCAGACAACCUUACUUGCCAUUCUCAACUCAGCUGCGGGCUUGCAGGCUGCCAACGUCUGCAAACAAGUGCAUGCACUCUCUGUGAAGUCGGGAUUUCUGGGUGACACCUUUGUUAUAAACAGUCUUGUUGAUUCUUAUGGAAAAUGUACCCGGUUGGAUGAUGCAGCUAGAAUUUUUUACGAAUGCGCUACUCUGGAUUUGCCAUCUUUUACCUCUCUCAUAACAGCUUAUGCUCUACUUGGUCAAGGUGAAGAAGCUAUGAAACUGUAUCUGAAGUUACAAGACAUGGAUCUCAAGCCAGACUCAUUUGUUUGCAGUUCUCUCCUAAAUGCAUGUGCAAAUUUAUCAGCGUACGAACAGGGGAAACAAAUACAUGCUCAUGUGUUGAAGUUUGGGUUCAUGUCAGAUGUGUUUGCUGGUAACUCUCUAGUUAACAUGUAUGCCAAGUGUGGAAGUAUAGAAGAUGCUAGCUGUGCUUUCCAUGAGGUUCCUAAGAAAGGUAUCGUUUCAUGGUCGGCAAUGAUUGGAGGACUUGCCCAACAUGGACAUGCGAAACAGGCGCUUCAUUUAUUUGGCGAGAUGUUAAAAGAUGGUGUAUCUCCAAAUCACAUAACAUUAGUUAGUGUCCUUUAUGCAUGUAAUCAUGCUGGCUUAGUUGCAGAAGCCAAGAAGUAUUUUGAAACAAUGAAAGACUCGUUUAGGAUUGAACCAACUCAAGAGCAUUAUGCAUGCAUGAUUGAUGUCCUGGGCCGAGCAGGAAAACUAGAUGAUGCUAUUGAGCUCGUAAAUAAGAUGCCUUUUGAAGCUAAUGCAUCUGUAUGGGGUGCUCUUCUUGGUGCUGCAAGAAUCCACAAGAAUGUAGAGGUAGGAAAACAUGCUGCCGAGAUGCUUUUUAGCCUUGAACCAGAGAAAUCUGGCACUCAUGUUCUCCUUGCAAAUAUUUAUGCAUCAGUUGGUUUGUGGGGAGAUGUCGCAAAAGUAAGAAGAUUUAUGAAGAACAGUAGAGUAAAAAAGGAACCCGGUAUGAGUUGGAUUGAAGUGAAAGAUAGUAUUUACACAUUUAUAGUUGGAGACAGAAGUCAUCCGCGAAGUGAUGAUAUAUAUGCCAAACUGGAGGAACUGGGACAGCUAAUGGAUAAAGCUGGUUAUAUUCCUAUGGUAGAUAUUGAUCUCCAUGAUGUAGAGAGGAGACAAAAGGAAAUUCUUCUCUCCUAUCAUAGUGAGAAACUAGCUGUUGCAUUUGGGCUGAUUGCUACGCCUCCUGGUGCUCCUAUUAGAGUGAAGAAGAACCUUCGGAUUUGUUUGGACUGCCAUACAGCAUUCAAGUUCAUUUGUAAAAUUGUCUCAAGGGAGAUCAUUAUUAGAGAUAUUAACCGGUUCCACCAUUUCAAAGACGGCUCUUGCUCAUGUGGGGAUUACUGGUGAUUACUUGAAUGUGUACUAUGCCUACCCAUAUGAUGUCCCUACUUCCUAUUUAUAUGAAUGUAGUUGAAAGACUGGAUACAUGAUACAUCAGAUCAUUGCCUCCGGUGCAGUAGCUCUAUUUCGACAAAGUGAGGCAACUCUAAGAGGUCAAUCAAGUUUGAUCAGUGUGGUGACGAUCCUAUAAACAAGAUGAGUACUACAGAAACAAUUCAAAGUCUUGUUGACUUCCAUGGUUGUUCUCAGUACUGCUAACCAAGUAGAAGAACUUUCCAAAGUUGAACAGUGCUAGAUUCCAAGGAUAGCCAGGCUAGUCUCUUUAUGCAGUCCUACACCUUAACCAAACGUUCGUUUGUUAAUAUGUCAAGAGACUUUGGCUAUUACUGGCUGAGGGUAAUGAUCUGCUUGAUGGUCUCCAUCUGCAUUGGAAAUUGGAAUCAUCUAUAUUAAUGAGGGAACCAAUACACUUCCAUCCAGGCAAGAUGGCAUGUGCAGCUUUGGUAUUUGGAUUUUUGAUACUCAUGUCGAUUGGAGGUUUCCCUCCAUUCAUGAAGUAGAUGAAAGUUUUGAUUAGACUCCAUCCAUGGUUUGCCGAAACCCUGCUAUCAGAGCUUUCAAAAUAUAGUGUUCCAAUAGUCAGAUGCAUUAAAGCUAAUGCUGAUUCGCGGAGUCACUCUUCUAAAAUUAUAGAUCACAAAAAAGAUGGCGGUAAGACUUCAAUUGGCUUAAUUUGAAGUUUUUAAUUGAAUGUCAAGUUUUGAGACAUCAUAGUUACCAUUAUGCCAAAAAGAAUGACAUCUCUCUUUAUCUCAUAAGUCAUAACAAUACUUCGAACUUCCCAUUUAUCCUUAAUGAGAUGAUUUAAAGCCACAUAAAUUUUGAUGGCUUGUUUUAGACCA